AAUAUUUGAUAUAGAUUGUAAUAGCUUUAUUUCAAAUGAUGGGUAUGAUUCAGUUAAGAUCUAUUGAGGUACCAUUAUCUUUAUCUAAUUACUGUUACACCUGUGCUAUAAACACAAACAAGGGUUUUCCAAGGCUGAUAUAUCUUACUUUGUAUUAUUGUUGAAGCAUUCACAUGUGUUGCUUGAUGCAAGACCUUUACUGACUGAUUUUUUUAUGCCUAAACAAACUAAAUAAACAAAAACCCCUUCCACUGGAACCCAUGAGACCUUAUUUCAGAAAGACUUGGCAGCUACAUGGCAGCGAAUGGAGAAAGACAAAUAAUUAUUUGAUCCUAUCCUAAGUUGAGGAUUGUCAUAAUAAAGCAGCAUAUCAUCAAGUGAACAUACUCAACAUACGACACCAACACCAACAUGGCCAUAAACUUGACCAAGCAAAUCUGGUCAUAUUGACAACUGCAUUUAUGUGAAAGGGUAGUUGGUUAGUUAUGUGAGCUGCUAAUAUACAGGACCAGCUCUACAAUGUUUAAAUUACUGUUUUGGUGACUGUUCAAUGCUGCAAACAUCACUUAUAUGACUACUAGCUGCAUAGUCUUUAUAAUUACAUGUUUUCAAAGCCUUAGACUGAAUCAGUUUUAUGACUUUACUGACUUGGACAAUUGCUCUUCAUCAUAUAUGUGAUUCAUGGCACAAUUCAAAUGGGAUCAAACCACAUAAUUUAUCUCUCCUCAUUCACUACCAUACAAAGUUUUUUCCAAAACAAAGUCCAAUGAGGGAAACCGGAAAGGGGGCGUGUCUUCGUCUCACUGCAGGGGGCCAGCGGCUAAUUUCUGCCCUGGGGCCCUGGAGCAGGUUAAUACGUCCCUGAUCUCAGCAACCCCUGACAUCUUCCACUGCAAGCCGGGUGCCUUUGAGUGUCUUGAAACAAAACUCGAAAUCCCAUGACACUGAUCGGGUUUGGCAAUCCCAUCACUUCUUUUCCGUCUCCUCGCUCUCCAGCUCCAUUCACAGCGACCGGUCACGCCUCGACCGGAAGUGACGAACGUGGCCACGAGCGUGACGAACGGCUUGUUCGAAAAUACAACAAGGAAGUGGCCGUUUAUUGUGUAUGGAAAAUAACCACCGGACAAAAACAUCUCUUCACGUCGUUGGGGGGGACGCUUCGCUCGCUUGUUGGGUGUCGGGGGAGGGUGAAGUCGCCGUGGACUUGCCCGAGAGCCCGUUUCCGAUCGUCUCGAGGGAUUUCUGCUCGCAGCCUGCUAGCUAGCUAGCGAUGAACACGGACGUGGAAUUUCACAUCAGGCAGAAUUAUCCGUGGAACAAGCUCCCAGCUAAUGUCAAACAGGCAGCUGUCAGGGUCGCACCGCUCGCUAACCUCCUCUGUGCUGCAGGCAGCAGGGGUUUCACCGGAGCCACAGUUGACCAUCAUUACAUUACAGCCAUUGGAGCUAAGCUGCCGCUGCCGAACCUCACUGGCGUCACAUGACUGAUUGUUUGAUAGAUGGUGCCACGUGACGUUAGCGCGUGGAACGACUCCUGCAAAUUCGUACAUUGAGUCCUUUGUGCACAGUGUGCGAUGUAAAUGCAGUGUCGAGAAACACACGAAGGAUGUCUCGCUGUUCAAGUGAUCUGCAGAGAUCCCUCCUCCUGCAUGGACGUUGAGCCAUUACGCCAGACAUGUCGUGGUGAACUGGAGGCGGGUGGAUGUUGAGCACACACAGGAGAUUUGUGCUGCUGUUUGAGCAUCAGUGUGCACCCUCACCGGAACUGGAUCACCAUGCAGAAACAGUGCGAAAGUGUCCUAGUAUCCCGGACCUCCAGAGUUUGGGGAACUCUCAGCGCGAAUAUGAGAAAUAUGUGCUGCUGUACAGCAUCCGCCACCAGCUGCGAUUCCGCAAUAACCUAGUGCGCCACGUGAGGAAGGAUGAGCGCAAGUACUAUGAGGAGCUCCUCAAGUACAGCCGGGAUCACCUGAUGCUGUACCCCUACCACCUGUCUGACAUCAUGGUCAAAGGGCUGCGAGUCACUCCAUUCUCGUAUUACAUAGGAAUCAUGGAGGAUAUUAUGAACAGUGAGAAGAGUUACGACUCCUUGCCCAAUUUCACUGCUGCUGACUGUCUGCGGCUGCUCGGCAUCGGGAGAAACCAGUACAUCGACCUGAUGAACCAGUGCAGGUCUUCCAAAAAAUUCUUCCGCAGGAAGUCGGCGCGGGACCUGCUGCCAGCCAAACCAGUGGAAAUCUCAGUGGAGCCGUGGUGGGUUGCGCAGACAGGCUACAUCACUGAGGAUGACAUCAGGAUCUGUUCCACAGCAGAGAAGAAAGCCAUUGAUAAGAUGAUCGAUUCUGGUCCUCAGCUGGCUGGAUCAAUGGAGUACAAUGUUGUUUUAAGCUUGUACAACCGGGGCUUCAUCUACUUGGAUGUUCCCAUAUCUGAUGACAGCUGCAUCUCAGUGCCCCCGCUGGAAGGCUUUGUCAUGAACCGCGUCCAAGGCGAUUACUUUGAAACGCUUCUCUACAAAAUCUUUGUGUCCAUUGAUGAGCAGACGAACGUAGCGGAGCUGGCGAAUGUGUUGGAGAUUGACUUGGACUUAGUGAAGAAUGCAGUUUCCAUGUACUGUCGCCUCGGCUUCGCCGUAAAGAAAGGUACGGUGUUCAACUCAGAACAGCUCCACCCUACCUGGAAGAACGCCCCAUCUGUCAACAGACUCAAGAGCACCAUGGACCCUCAGAAGAUGCUGCUGUCCUGGGAGCAGGGCAGUCCUGUCAUGGAGGGAGGCUCCUCAGCCACCGACACCGACACCACCAGUCUGGAAGACCAGGACACAGCCAGUGUAAGCAGCCUGAGCAUCCCAGCAGCACCCACAAAGAGGAUCGCGUUCCUCUUUGACUCCACCCUCACAGCCUUCCUCAUGAUGGGCAACCUGUCUCCGAACUUGAAGAGUCAUGCAGUGACCAUGUUUGAGGUGGGAAAGCUGUCCGAUGAGACUCUGGACAGUUUCCUGGCUGAGUUGGAGAAGGUGGAGAGCACAGCAGAGGGCGAGGCCCAGCGUUACUUUGACCACGCUUUGACCCUGAAAAAUACCAUCCUCUUCCUGCGGUAUAACAAAGAACUCACUCAGGAUCAGGGACCUGAUAUCCCAAAUAUAGGUUUCCCCUUGGAUAUGCUGCGCUGCGAGAGCCUGCUGGGUUUGGACCAGGCCACCUGCAGCCGCGUCCUCAACAAGAACUACAAGCUGCUGGUCUCAAUGGCGCCGCUCAGCAACGAGAUCAGACCCAUCAGCAGCUGCACGCCUCAGCACAUUGGCCCGGCCAUCCCUGAGGUGAGCUCCAUCUGGUUCAAGCUGUAUCUGUACCAUGUGACCGGCCAAGGCCCGCCGUCUCUGCUGCUCUCCAAAGGCUCCAGGCUCCGCAAACUGCCAGACAUAUUCCAGGUCUACGACAGGUUGCUGAUCACUUCCUGGGGUCACGACCCUGGAGUCGUGCCUACAUCCAACGUGCUGACCAUGCUCAACGAUGCCCUCACACACUCUGCUGUACUAAUCCAGGGUCACGGUAUGCACGGGCAUGGAGAAACGGUUCACAUCCCGUUCCCCUUUGAUGAGGAAGAUCUGAAAGCAGAGUUCUCCUACUCCAACAUGUGUACGCACAAGUCGCUGCAGAAGCUGAAGGAGCACGUGGACCUGGAGCAUCAGUGUGGCUACAUCACCAUGCUCAACGCCAACAACAGGCACCGCCGCAGGCCCAGCGACAGCACCGAGUGCAGAGACACUUUUUUUCAAGGGGACACCCAUCUGGGUGGAGGCCUGGACACGAACGGCAGCACGGAGUCUUUCGAGCUUGUGACAGAAGAAAACAACGGGGAUGGCAGCAAAGUAAAGACAGACACCCUUAACGCUGAAGACGAGUGGGUCCCUCUCGAGCUGUGCUUUGGCAUGCCCCUCUUCAGCUCCGAGCUCAACCGCAAAGUGUGUCGAAAAAUCGCCUCGCACAAACUGUGCUGCAACGAAAGCCUUCAAGAGCUACUUCACUCAAGCCGAAAGCUAUCGCUGAAGGUGUUAAGCUUCGUUCAGUCAUUCCAGGACACCGUUCAGCCCUCUGACAUGGACACCGGCGUGUCGAACCCUCUCAGUCAACCCCCGGCAGAGUCCGGUGUCCCCCUGCCCGCUCUCAACCUCCUCUUCAAGGACGGGCAGCUGAAGGAGUGGAGCGGGCGGGCCCCUCCUCCCCUAGACAUCUCAGCUCUGCAGAAGGACCAACCCACAUAAACCCCCCACGGAAACUUCCCGAUUUGGUCACGAGGGAAUUCUUAAUCGAGGUCCAACCCUGCAUCUUCAUCACAAGGAAGCACUCAUUCAGAAGCCUCGCCCUCAUAUCCGUCAGUGUCCACUCAUGGGAAAAUUAGCCCCGCCAGCACUUUGUCAUUUACCUACUGUAUGAGGAAUCAUCCUUCUGACACUAGUUCAAACCCCCUUCCUGCUCUUCCCCUUUGUGAUUCCUCGUAUCCGUAGUAAGGCAGUGUUAUCUGUUGGGUUGGUGCUAUUAUCACACUAUAUAACAGUGAUGCAGGUUAAACAGCAUUAUAACCUGGAACACCAUUUAACUGGAAACACGAGCGCUGUCCUCCACUGACCAGCCCCUUUCCCCUUCAAUCACUGGAUGUUUUGUGAUCCUCGGGAGCGGAGUGUUAAGUGCUUGGUAUUGAAUAGAUGUUGUUAAAAAAAAAAAGAAAAAAAAAAAAGAAAGAAAAAAUGACCCACAAAGUAAACCCAAGUGUUUAACAGACUUCUUCAGGAAUCAACAAUAUGCAUAUUCUAGGACCAAGAGUGGAGUCCAGAUACAGACCCCGCUGCCUCCCCCGUGUUGUCUCAUGUUAAGUGAUCUGAUGCAUGAUACUGUCGCACAACUCAUACCAUAAAAAAGAAACAACAACAAAAAAAGUUUCUCUUUACUUGUAAUCAAUAUUGAGGGCAUUUAUUAUUUGCACUGUGCAGGAUUUCUCCAAACCUUUGGAUGAAGUAAAUGUCAUUCUUUUUUUUUUCUUUUUUUUUUUCUUUUAUUUUUUUCAAGCAUUGGAUUCGUCGUAGUGCGCACAUGAUGUUAGAGCUCACGUUUGCAGCAGGAGAGUGUUUCCUCUUGGAAACUUGUUAAAAAUUGACUUGGCAUCAGAGAGACUGCAGUUUUUUUUUUUUGUUGUUGUUUUUUUUAAUCCUUUGUUAUAAUUUUCUUCUCAGUACAAGAGAAACACCAAAGACCAUUUUCCUUUCCUGUAUAAUGAGUUUUUUAAAUCUUGAAUCUGUUUUACUCUCCUACCUUUUUUUUCUUCUUUUGCUGCCUUAUUACUGCCAGCCAGCCAAUCAUAAACCACCAGGUCUUUGAUCAAAUCUCCGGAUUUGAUUUGCUUAUGUUUAGUUAUUAUUAUUAUUUUUUUGCCUUUCUUAGAUUUUACAGAUGAUUUAUAUGUGCAUUUUGAAUUUGAAUGAGUGUAAAUAACCAAUAAAAGCAACAUGAUUGGGGUCACGAACUACAAACCUUGACCCCGUGCUCAAGAAUUCAACAAGAUUAUCCAAGUGCACCUAAUUGCAUAGAAUGGGAACAGUCAGGUCCGUGUGUUUGACCCGGGCCUGUUGCCACUGCUGCCUGCCAGCAUCUCUCCCUGGAUCGACUCCAGCGUGUGUGCAGUGCGCUCUUGGCCGGCCCAGCCACACUCUCCAUGGCAUUCUGUUUACAUCGUGUUUUGAGGAAAAAAAAAAGCCAAAAAAAAAAGCCGCUUUGUAGUCUAGAGAGAAGAACUUUCGCUGUGAAAGCUGUCACAAAACCAUGGGAUGGAAAUGCUAAUGCUUUGCCCAGCUCCGUCUAGAUAUCGAUGGCCCCCCAAAAAAGCGUGCAAAGUCCGUCACGAAUUGUCAGUGUGGCUCCAGGAGUACUUUUGCAUUGCAUUUAGAGUGACAACCCAUUUUGUUGAGGUUUUUAUUCUUUUGAAGGAAGCUGCAGUUUUUUUUGACCCACUUGUGGUUGUCAGUUCUCAUAACGUGACGCUGAAAUAGGCAAAAAAAAACAAAAAACUUAACCACGAGGUCCCGUUGAAGCAUGAUGACUGUAGAAAACUAUUGUGUGUAUGUUGUGUAUGCGUGUGUAUUGUACACCUCACUUUUGGUGUGUUUUCGUACACGCCUACCUUUCACAAUAAGAGCCCCUCUCCCCUCCUUCCCACCAAUCCUGCCUGUCUGUUCUAGUUGCAGUACAUCCCAGAUCUCCCCCAUCCUCCCCCAGGUAUACAUCCACCACAGUGUUUAAAAAAAAAA